AUGGCAUCGCCUUCUUGCAACACCCACUUCGACCAUUUACAAAUGCCAGAUGGUUAUGGCUGGACCAUCCCGGACUUCAACUAUUCCCAACUCGCCCCUCUUGCCUAUCAAUCAUCUACCUCUAUACUGGCUGAGCCAUCUAUAGCAUCUGCAGAUCUUCUUCUGCGUACCGAUGCCAUACAGUAUCCUUUUCCAUCCUUUGCGCUUAGCUCUGCUACAUCUUCUGCCUCGCCCUCGACUUGUUCCGAUCUGUAUCGCUUCAAUCAGAAUGUUAUACACCAAUCUUCAAUCGAUAAGGACUAUGCAGCUACGGCCCCGGCGACAGGCUAUUUCGACCCUAGGCACGACAUCGCUUGCAACAAUUUACCACCACAUGCUCUAUCUGUUCAACGGGAAUCUCAGGUCAAGGAUACCAGCAAUAGCUAUGCCAAGGGAAAGAGAGCUGCUGGUCGUAACCAAGGACGACAGCAGAAACAGGAGUAA